CACGGAGAGAGACGCAGAGAGACGGAGCGCCAAGUCUCCACACACCCCCCCCCCGCCCCCCACCCCACGAAUGUCCGCCUCUCCACGUCGCCCAUGAACACGCCUCGCAUUCCUAUGUCCGCCAGUUGAAACCCUGAAGGCGAAGGACCAGGUCUCCACCUCCGCGAGGAUUCGGGACUCCUUACAGCGGGCUGCACGUUUUUUUUUGUUUUGUUUGUUUCUUCUCUCCAGGAGCACCUGACAUUUCCAGUGGCAGAUUUACCCACUGGAUCAUGGCACAGACCAACAGCGGUGGGCAGGGAACCAACGGGGUAGCGGAUGAGUCCCCCAACAUGAUUGUGUACAGAAAGAUGGAGGAGGUAAUAGCACGCAUGCAGGAUGAGAAAAACGGCAUCCCCAUCCGAACAGUGAAAAGUUUUCUAACCAAGAUCCCGAGUGUUUUUUCAGGUUCUGAAAUUGUACAGUGGAUGAUCAAGAAUCUGGACAUUGAAGAUCAAGUGGAAUCUCUUCACCUAGGAACUCUGAUGGCUGCACAUGGUUACUUCUUCCCCAUCUCAGAUCAUGUCCUCACUCUCAAAGAUGAUGGCACUUUCUAUAGGUUUCAGACGCCAUACUUUUGGCCAUCAAACUGCUGGGAGCCAGAAAACACAGACUAUGCUGUUUACCUCUGCAAAAGAACAAUGCAAAACAAAGCCCGUCUGGAGCUGGCAGACUAUGAAGCGGAGAGCUUAGCAAGGCUACAGAGAGCUUUCGCCAGGAAAUGGGAGUUCAUUUUUAUGCAAGCAGAAGCACAAGCGAAAGUGGAUAAGAAAAGAGACAAAAUUGAGAGGAAAAUUCUGGACAGUCAGGAAAGAGCCUUUUGGGACGUGCACAGACCAGUGCCUGGAUGUGUGAACACGACGGAAGUUGACAUAAAGAAGUCAUCCAGAAUGAAAAACCCCCACAAAACCAGAAAGUCGGUGUAUGGGCUGCAGAAUGAUAUUCGUACCCACAGCCCGACCCACACGCCGGCCCCGGAGGCCAAGCAGCCCAGUGAAGAAGAACUGCAAGAACAGAUCACCUACUGGCAAUUGCAAUUAGACAGACAUCGACUGAAAAUGUCCAAAGUGGCAGAGAGUUUGCUGGCCUACACAGAGCAGUACAUCGAAUACGACCCUUUCCUCACGCCUUCGGAUCCAUCAAACCCCUGGAUCUCAGACGACGCCACACUCUGGGAGCUUGAAGCCAGUAAGGAGCCGGGCCAGCAGAGGGUGAAGAGGUGGGCUUUUGGCAUCGACGAGGUUCUGAAAGAUCCGGUGGGAAGAGAGCAGUUCCUCAAGUUCCUGGAGUCUGAGUUCAGCUCAGAGAACCUCAGGUUCUGGCUGGCGGUGCAAGAACUAAAGAAGCGGCCCAUCAGAGAAGUUCCAACCCGGGUUCAGGAGAUCUGGCAGGAGUUUCUGGCGCCCGGAGCGCCGAGCGCCAUCAACGUGGACUCCAAGAGCUACGGCAAAACCACCCAGAACGUCAAAGACCCCGGACGCUACGCCUUCGAGGAUGCACAGGAACACAUCUACAAGUUGAUGAAGAGUGAUUCCUACAGCCGGUUCAUCCGCUCCAGUGCCUACCAGGAGUUAUUACAGGCCAAGAAGAAGAAAAGCAAGAACUUGUUCUGAAGGCCUAUGUUUCCAGGGGAAACCACGAGCAUCCAAGAGGCGGACCCGUCAUGUGCCAUCAUGCUAAAAAUCAACGCCAUCUCUCUCUGGGACAUUGAGAGGGGGAUCAUCUCAUCUCUCCGUCAUCAUUGUCUGUCCAUCUGCUCCAGGCUCAGUCGGGCGAUGAGCCGGACCGCCUGUUCGUCUGUUGUCCACCGGAUGUUGCAUGUCCACGGAGAGGAUUUUCCUUCCUCGCUCCUCUUACGGUACCUGAUAUAUUUCCAGUAUUCUUAGAAAGGAGUCACUGCCGGACCUGCGAGGACGCUGACAGACUUGCGGGAUGACAAAUGCCAUUGAAGAAUUCAAAUUCAGUGUUCCAGUUCUUUCUAUUGUAACCGCUGGAUCAGAGGACCCUCUCUCACUUCCAGCUGAAACAAAUGAUGUCAGAGAGAAAAAAAAGGAAAAAAUACAAAAUGACAGCUUAAACUGAUUAAUCUAACCAAUGUCUCUGCUUUACAUGAUCUGGGCUCACAGAUUAUUUGUCACACUAUGGGAUGUGUCGUGCAGAAUUAAUAUACAAUAUCUAUAUAUAUAUAUGUAUAUAUCUAUAGAUAUACUGUAUAUAUAUAUUAUGAUUAUUAUGAUUAUUUAUUGUGCAUUUAUUUUGCUUUGCAUUAUUUUACUGCAUUACAAUAAUUAGCACACAUGGUUUUCACUUGUAAAGUCAUAUUCAAAACUAGAAAAUAGCCGUCUCCUGUCUUAUGUAGAACAUUAUUCUUUGUUUGAUCUCCUGCAUUUAUUUUUAUACCAUAUUUAAAAACACCUUUACUCAAUUGUAUUAUUAAAGUUGGCCCUAUGUCUGUUA